CCGCCACCGCCGCCGCCGCCGCCGCCCCCCGCCUACCCGCCCGCCGGACAAAGCCCGAGAGCCCGCGCGCAGAGCCAUGUCCUCGUCCGCCGGCAGCGGCCACCAGCCCAGCCAGAGCCGCGCCAUCCCCACCCGCACCGUGCCCAUCAGCGACGCCACGCAGCUACCUCAUGACUAUUGCACCACGCCCGGGGGGACGCUCUUCUCCACCACGCCGGGAGGAACCCGAAUCAUUUAUGAUCGAAAGUUUCUGUUGGAUCGUCGCAAUUCUCCUAUGGCUCAGACCCCGCCCUGCCAUCUGCCCAAUAUCCCAGGGGUCACCAGCCCUGGCACCUUAAUCGAAGAUUCCAAAGUAGAAGUAAACAAUUUGAACAACUUGAACAAUCAUGACAGGAAGCAUGCAGUUGGGGAUGAUGCUCAGUUUGAGAUGGACAUCUGACCGUCCCGCAGGAGCAGCAGGAAAGCAGCAGUGCUGAGGCUGUAUACACCGGAUUGGGCCCAUCGGAUCAACAGUGAACGGACAGAGGGGCAGCCAGCAGUCCCAUUGCAGCCCCCGAGACCUCCUCUUCCUUCCUCUGGGUGCCAAAUGAUGCGAAGAUGAGCUUCAUCUGACCAUUUCCCCUCCCUGUUUCCUGUCCCCCUUCCCAGUUACACAGAGUUGAUCCAAGAUCCUUGGCAUAUUUCCGUAGACCUAAGCAGCCCACAGAGGAAAGCAGUUAAACUCUGGCUUCCGUAGUCAUUUUACAGUUGAGAAAAACCUGUCCUCCCCCACCCCCCAUUUUUUAAAAAUCCCAAAUCAAAUAUCAACCUGCCAACAAUUGCCUGGCUGGGAAGUCUGGGGAAGUGACACAGAGGUGUGGUGGGUUCAGCAUUGUCCGUGUCCUGACCCUCUGUCUGCCCUCCCUGUCUCCCACCCGUGGUUCAGAGCUGUAAGAGUCUGGAUGUCGGGUCUUCACAGCCAUCAGAGGGCAAUGGUAAUGGAGAGGAGAGCCACUCUCCCUCGUACCCUGAGCUGUUUGUCCUUCAGGCCAGAGUGCAGUUUGUACAGCUCUGCUAGCAUCACCCUGCAACGUUUCUGAGGUCCACUUCCCCUCCUUCCUCUGGCAGGGGUGUCUUCUGUCUUUGAUAUUCAAGCGCCGCUUCCCAGUCCUUCACUUAGCACAUCUGUGCAGAAAGGUGGGAGCCCCACCUGAGGGGGGAGUCCUUGGGAAGCAGCAGGGCUCUCCUCUCCUCCUUCCUCCCUGCUAGUGCCCUGUUGCCCGCCAUCCCCUUGUAUCUGAGCCACCAGGGUGAUUCUGCCGCUCCCCGCUCCCGCAACAGGCCUACCCAAGCGACAGGCACUUGGGGGGAGGCCUGGUUCAUAGCGUUCUGCCGGGUGACCCCGAAGAAUGACCUGGGGAGCGUGCUGAACCAGGUGGGUACUCAGACUCAGUAGUCCUUGCUUUCUAGUCCACCGAGCUUUGGGAUAAUCAUUGUCUCUGAUUGCAGUGUCUUAUAGUUUGAGUUUAAAAGGUGACUUUCAGAAUGCUCUUAGAAAAGAACCAAACUUUUUUCCUUUGUAGACCUGCUGAGGCUCCUGGGAUAGAUAAGCAUGGGCUCGAAAGUGGGUUCUCCCCAUUGUCUUGCCUUCCCCAUCGUACUCGUUGUCCCUCUCCCUCCCUCCCUCCCUCCCACCUCUCUCUCUGCCAGGCCAUUUUUCAAAUACACAUCAAAGAUACCUCAAGUGUUGGUAUCUGGUAAUAUCUCACUCCUCUUAUCUGAGGAGUGAUCUUUUAUUUUUAAGAUGACUACAGACCUAUUUUUAGAUAUGUUUUCAAUACGAUUUUGAACAGCAACUUUUUAAUUACACAUCUUCCGGUGUUAGGAAGGUGAGAAAUGUCCAUGGGCGAGUCUGCUGCUCCCUGUCACCAUCCUUUGUCUCCCUGAGUCCCUGACGAGCUCUUUGCUUCUCCCUCUAGUUUUGGGUGUGCAUGUUUGCAGUUUGUAGUGGGUGGUGUGUCAAACUGGACCAUUCUGCCUUGCCAUGGCUUGUUUACGAGCGCCUCGUUCUUUCCCUCCCUGUUUGCUUUUUCAUGCGCCCCCUCACCCUCCCGACUAUUGACUGGCACAAUAAUCCCGGGAGAGUGACCACCUUGUAGAAAGACUAACACCUCUGUCCUCAUAGAACGACAAGUAAAGUAGCCGCUGGUGUCCUGGGAAUUUCUGGUCGCAUUUGGUGCCCUGAACCCUCUCAUUAAGAGACCACAUCCCAGGGUGAGAGUAACAGGCCAACUGGCUAGGAAAGAAAGCUGUUUGUUUUUCUUUUGAACUAUGAAAAGGCCCUGUUUAUGAACACAUUUUAGACAGAAGAGAGGAAGGCUGUCCAAGGAACUUUGUUCUGUUUUCUACUACAAAAUGUGAAUAGUACAAAGAGUGAACCUUCUGUGAUGGUUGAUGUUUCUCAGGAAUAAGCUGGAUCUCCAAAAUUUGGGGGAUGCUUUCAGUCUCAAAAAUUGAUGAUCAAAAAAAAUAUUUCCUUGUUUGUUUGUGUAAUGUAUCCCUGUUCUGAUUUUAAUUAAACUCCCAAAUUUCGCUUUC